AUGCGGCUCCACAGGAGACAAGAGCCGACUUGGUACUGGCGCUAUAAGCGCCAGGAACAAGGCCUGGAGGGCAUGCUCCUCGCCCUCAAUUACGCAAAGAGACACGCAUCCCCUGAGAAGGAUCUCGACCACUGGCUCAGUCGAAAACGAGUCGGCCUGCAUCCUCUCGACUUCACCACUGGAGAAACCUGGUGCUCCAACUCUACCUCUCCAUUCUUCAUGCCAACAGAUGAAAAGGUUCUCUAUCAGAAAAAGAACCAACCCAUCCACCGCCGCGCCGCUGUUAGAAAGAUCCCUCUGAAGACCCGCCUUUCCAAAGGGCAAGAUAGCUCUCCAAUGCGCGACCUCAAAAUCCGGGACGAGCUUUCCCAUGAGCUCGAAAACUACCGUAUCCGCGCCAGCAGAUAUCGGCGCCCAAGUGGCUUCAAAUCCUUCAAAACCGACUCUGCCACUGAGGGCCGGGGUAUUAUCAGAGACAGCCCUGUGUCCGCCUACAUCCCUCGCGCUGCGCAGAUCCCCAAUAGCCACCGUAUUGUGACGUUUGUCACGGAUGAAUACAACACCCCAGAAAUAAAUCGACCCUCCGCCACGGAGAUGGAGCUCCUCAUCGCCAUGAUAAAAGGCGGAAUGCAGAGCCAAAGGCGUGCAGAACACCUCUCAGACAAAUAUAACCGUGCCAAGAAGGGUUCCAUCAACUAUAUCAUUCCUGCACUCAUUAUCUCAAUCUACCCUGGCGCCCAAGUCCGUGUUCUCUACGGAUACCUCACUGAACGGGUUCAUAUCCAUUACACCGAGCCUCAGCAAUUCACAGAGGAAAAAUUUGAAGAGAUGAUGGAGAAAACCCUUCGCUGGGCAAUGCCCGCUACCGGGGAAGACAUUACGCGAAUCGUUAUGCUGGACGAUAUUGAGGAGAUUGAUGAGACUGAAGAAGAGCCGGAAAAGGGGCAAGAGAAAGAGGCUGUGGAAGGAUGCGCGGUUCAUGUUUUCAUGUCCGCAAAUAAGAAGAAGAGCAAGGGGAAGACGAAGAACCAGGGCCACAGAGGAAGGAAAAUGUUGGCUGUGACUACAUCAGCGGCUCAAACAUGA